UUUGAAGACCAUUCUUCUCUCUCUUCGUGUCUUCCUCUUCUUUUUCUCUCUAUCUUCUCACAUUUCGGCAAAUUUUCGAAGUUGCAGUGCAGCCAUGGGAACCCAAGGUCCACCCACCAGUAUAGAUGAAAAAUUAGCAAGGCAGAAGGAGAUCGACGAUUGGCUGCCCAUUUCUUCCUCCAGGAAUGCAAAAUGGUGGUAUUCAGCAUUCCACAAUGUUACUGCCAUGGUCGGAGCUGGUGUCCUCGGUCUCCCUUACGCCAUGUCCGAGCUUGGAUGGGGUCCUGGUGUGGUGAUAAUGGUGCUAUCAUGGAUCAUUACUCUUUACACACUAUGGCAAAUGGUCGAGAUGCAUGAGAUGGUUCCUGGGAAAAGGUUUGACAGAUACCACGAACUGGGUCAGCAUGCCUUCGGCGAGAAGCUCGGCCUCUACAUUGUGGUGCCUCAACAGCUUAUCGUUGAAGUGGGCGUAGACAUAGUGUACAUGGUGACCGGAGGAAAAUCACUGAAGAAAUUCCAUGACACCGUCUGCAGUACCUGCAAGCCGAUAAAACUUACCUACUUCAUCAUGAUCUUCGCCUCUGUUCAUUUCGUGCUCUCCCAUCUCCCCAACUUCAACUCCAUCUCUGGUGUUUCUCUUGCAGCUGCAGUCAUGUCCUUGAGUUACUCUACCAUUGCUUGGGGAGCUUCCGUGGAUAAGGGCGUUCAGGACAAUGUGGAGUAUGGCUACAAAGCCAAGUCCACAGCAGGGACUGUCUUCAACUUCUUCAGUGCGUUGGGCGAAGUGGCUUUUGCCUAUGCUGGGCACAAUGUGGUCUUAGAGAUCCAAGCAACCAUACCUUCUACACCUGAGAAGCCAUCUAAGGGACCCAUGUGGAGAGGAGUGAUUGUGGCCUAUAUAGUUGUGGCUUUGUGUUACUUCCCCGUGGCUCUAAUUGGAUACUGGAUGUUUGGGAAUGCGGUGUCAGACAACAUUUUGAUCUCAUUGGAGAACCCUGCAUGGCUUAUUGCUAUGGCCAACAUGUUCGUGGUCAUCCAUGUUAUUGGAAGCUAUCAGAUUUAUGCUAUGCCAGUGUUUGAUAUGAUAGAAACCGUCUUGGUAAAGAAACUGCAUUUCAAACCCAGCACUGCCCUUCGGUUCAUCUCUCGGAAUAUAUAUGUUGCAUUCACAAUGUUUGUCGGCAUCACAUUCCCCUUCUUUAGUGGCCUUCUGAGUUUCUUUGGAGGAUUUGCUUUUGCGCCUACAACGUACUUUCUGCCUUGCGUAAUGUGGCUCGCCAUUUACAAGCCUAAGAAAUACAGCCUAUCUUGGAUAGCUAACUGGAUCUGCAUUAUUCUGGGACUUUUGUUGAUGAUUUUGGCACCUAUUGGAGCGUUGAGGAACAUCAUAAUCGAAGCAAAAACCUAUGAAUUCUACUCUUAAACCAUCCUCCCACGCCAAAAAAAGAAGGGGGUUGUGAAAUCUACAGCAAUUUCCCCCCCACCCCCCUGCAGAGAAACAUUUAUGCAGAUGAUGAUACCCAGUUACAAACAGUGACCAAUGGUUUAUGGUUGAACAGGGGUUGUGCAGUAAUUAUUGGGAACUAAAUAGUUGGCUAAAUACAAAGACAAUUAUAACAAAAUUUCAUAUAGGACUUCACUGUUUUCUCCAUUGCCAUGUUCGUGCUAGUGUUUGUACGUUCUUUUUUUGCGUUUGUUUCUGGAAAUGGGUUCCGUUGAUUUUCAUCAGUUUCGAUAUUGAAAUAGGAAUACGUAAAGUUGAUGUUUUGCCUGAGCGGGCCACUGUCACUGAAUCACCUUGAAAGCCAUAAGUCUUUUCUCAUCUGAAGCAGAGCACGAUUGGCAUGUAUCUAUUGUCUGUAUUUGAGACAAAUGAAUAUAUAAGUUUGCCAGUAAAAUACACAACUGGGUCCAGUUUUGAAA